AUGAGACCAGAAUUAUCACCAAAGGUAUUGGUACUGUUGCGGUAUGCAGCCGCCGUGUACCUCUUAGGAUCAGUCCUCUUCACUCUAUAUAGCCUCUUUCCCCAAUACAAGGAACCACAACCAGAGCCUAGCAUCAAGCCAAAAAGACUAACUGAACCAGGACAGGCAACAUUUGAUGUGGAAAAUAUUCUUUACUCACAGCAGAUUAUGACAUGGAAGAGUAAGAGUUUCUUGCCUUCUAAGGUCCUACCAUAUUAUUUCAAGGCUGUUCGCAACUUUAAUCCAGAAUCUGUGACCAUUACCACUCUGAUUACAUUUGACCGCUAUCCGAUCUUCAGCAGACUAGUGACCAACUAUCAAGGUCCAAUAUCAGUAUCAAUCCAUAUCACCGAUGAUGAAAACAAGGACGAAAACCUGUCAAAGCUUCAUGACAUGUACAACUCAAACCCAUAUAUGAAAGAGUUUGUGGAUAUUCAUGUUAUCGUUGAUAAAUUCGAGCGACAAUUCAACAUGUGGCGUAACGUAGCUAGAUUCUUUGCGCGUUCCAAUUACUUUAUGAUGCUUGAUGUUGACUUCCAUAUCUGUACAGAUUUGCAACGUCACUUGUCUCUGGAUGCUAAGGCACGAGGAGUUCUGAGUUCAGGAGCAGCAGUAGUUCUUCCAGCAUUCGAAUAUGUAAAGCAAGACGAUGGGAUCGACUCUGCUACAUUCCCAAAGGACAAACAGGCACUAAUUCAGCUUGUACAAAAAAAAAAAAUCACGACAUUUCAUGAUUUUUUCCCAAGAGGCCAUAACGCGACGGAUUAUGAGCAAUGGUACAAAUCAGACUCUGUUUACAAGGUGACAACAUACCAGCAUUCGUAUGAGCCUUACGCCAUCAUGAGAAAAGAAGGCACACCAUGGUGCGACGAGCGGUUCAUUGGAUACGGAGCCAAUAAAGCAGCUUGUUUGUUUGAGAUCUACAUCUCUGGUAUCGACUAUUGGGUCCUUCCCCAGGAUUUUGUAAUUCAUCAAUCGCACCCGUACAAAGAAGAAACUCGAAAACAAGAGCGCAAGUACAACCGCAGGCUUUAUCAGAACUUUCAGGAAGAAACUUGCUUCCGCUACUUUAAAUACUUCCUUGAGACCAGCCAGUGGAACACUUCAAAGGCCGACAACUUGAAGGAACAAUGUAGCCAAAUUAGAGGUUUUAACCAAGCUGUGGAGCAGUUUACAAUCUCAUAG